GCAAUCACUCCGCUUGAACAUGCGUCGCCGAUUUGAGCAAGGGUCAUUGUGCGGUUUCGCACGGUAGGUGAGUUUAAAGCGUUGGCAUUCCUAACCUUGCAGCUUCCUUCAGCAAGCCCAACAUCUUCUUGCUACUCGGGGGCCACAGACGUUUACAAUGUCGCACUAUAUCACCACGCACGACAAGUCCGGCAAGUCAGUGUUCUCCAAGACAGUUCCGUCCGAGCCUCAUCCAAUGCCAAUUCCCGCUGGCAAUUUGCAGCUCGUCUAUACAUCCCAUACCUUCCGACCAGACCUUAGCAAGGAGGCCGACAUCGAACAGUUCGCACACGACCGCGCGAACGGUCUCGGCAAUGCUGUUACGCCACCUAGUGGCGUAGCAGCGGCCUUGGUAACGAUUGAACCGAACGCUACAGGCAUCUGGCAUAGGACAACCUCGGUCGACACCAUCGUCAUGGUCGAGGGCGUUCUCGAGCUUCAUCUUGAUGGUGGAGAAGUCCGGACUUUGAAGGCUGGGGAUACGUGCGUGCAGCGAGCGACUAUGCAUCAGUGGAAGAACGUCACGCCAAAUUACGGAUCGGCGAAGAUGGCCGCGUUUGCCUUGCCCAUAAUCGAGCCAUUCGUGGUUGCUGGCAGGACGUUGCAAACCGACUUUCGGUUCGAAUGAAGUGACCUGCAGGACGCCAG